CUAGGAAAUUCGGUAGCUGCACUUACACCAGAACAGGACAGCAGUGUGGACAUUAAGACUGUUACAGACAGUAGGUGUGCUGUAGUGUGUGUGCAGCAGUUGCAGUGUGGGUUUCCAUGGUGGAAAUUCAGUGCAGUGUUUGAGUUUCAGUGUUUAGGUGACUCAGCUGUCAGGAGCCUCUGUAUAAAGAACAAGAUCCACUACACCUGCUUCACUACUGCUGCGCCGUGUACAGACACGUCAGCAGUGUUCUGCUCUCCUCUGGACCGUGUUCCUUUUGUGCUGUUUAUCACAGAGGGUUUACUGAAGCACUGUGACCUGCUGCAGCUGCUCGAGUCAACGUAUAACAUGACUCUCCUGGAGAGGAUCCACGCUCCGUCUCUGCAGCAGCUGGGACCAAAAAAUCUGUAUGACAUCAUCACUGUUGAUGAGAACACGGCCAUUCUGCUGCAGGAAAUGGGGGAGCUGGAGCAGGAGCGAGCAGCUGAGCGUGUUGUUCUGAGACUCUCUGCUCUCUCCCUGCAGUUCAGCCACUGCUGGGUCAUACUGUGCUGCUCCAGGCACUACAGCACUAUUGUGUGUGGCGAAGUGUUCAGUAACCUGUCGUUAAUUUACUCAGCCUUAGUGCUGUUUGGACAGAAAACUGACCGCCUGGAUGUUAAGGUGUUGCUGGCAUAUGAUACAGCAGAAACAGCGCGUUGUGUGCAACAAGUCUGCUUCCACACUCUGCUGAACUCACAGAGAGAUGUGUGUAGCUGGCUAGACAGAGAAUGGUUCAGUGUUCUGCCUACUGAGGAGGAGCAACGUUUGCUGUAUUUCCCGUGUGUGAACUGUGUUGUAGCUCAGCUGCUGCUGAGUCGAGGUCUGUCUCUACAGUGUUUGCUGGAAGCUUCUCACACUCAGCUAAAGGAGAUGUUUCCUGAGAUCACACCUUCUGUUUUUAAGUUCUUCAGUGACAUUACAGCUGAACACAGCCUCAAUGCUGCUUCCAGACAGUGUGAGGGUGAAGUCACACAUAUCCACCACUCGGGUCUGGAUAAGGAUGAGCCUCUCUCACCCUCAAACACUGACCCAUUCCUCAUACACUCUUCAAUAGGAUCACACAGCCCAGGGUUCGACCAGGAGCCUGACACUGGGGGUAGUGGCUGGGUCGGGCCCGAGUCACAGUGUCUGUGUCAGAAUUUGUCUGAUGAACAGCAACAUUUUAAGAGCUAUGCAGUACCAGGAGAUUUCUGUGGAGGAGAAGCAAAUGAGGAGUGGAGUCUGGAAGCAUCACCUCUGAUCUCCAGUCUCUCUUUCCCACACUCACACACCAUUUCCUGCUCACCAGUCACCUACAAUUCCCCUCCUUCCCCAUCUCAUCCCCUCACACCUCACCUGUCCCAUCAGCAGUGGGGAGGCAUCGACUACAUGCCUGAGCGAUACAGAGAGAGGAAACGACCAGUAGGGGGUGCUGUACACACAGUGUUUCCCCAGAGUAAGAGAGGGCGGCUUCUGUUUGAGAGAGUCCCAGGAAGGAGUGAUGGACAGACAAGACUCAGGUUUUUCUAAAAAUAUGCUGUCAUGGUCUCACUAACAUGGUCCAUUGUACAUUUCCUCAUGUGCUCAAAGACAAUAAACUUUUGUUCUUUAUGUUAGGUGUGUGAGAGUUCCAACAUCCUUCAGUGUGUUCAUAUGUUCGCAUAUGUUCAUGUGUAUGCUAAUGAAAG